CUGAUGCAUUCGUCGUCCGUCUGGGAUGUCUGCGCUCACUCCGUUUGCGACGCAUCUUUGUAUGUCCAGUGGGCUUGUCGGAGCUACAAGAGCUGCAUCUCGAUCGUGCCUCGUACCCGGGAUGGUCGUUUGCGUCUCUCUUGGACGUUUUGCGAGCUUGUCCUGAUCUCACGUCCCUUUUGCUCUUCGCCACACUCGACAAUCGGGCAACCGCCCGACUGUCUGCAGACCGCGACGUGCGACCAAUGUGCUGCUCUUCUGACCUUACUCCGGAUCCCACUGAAGACCCGCUUACAACUGCACCCAGUACUAUUGAGAACUGCUUCACAAGCCGAAGCGGUUCUCGAGCCCAUACGCGACCACAUCAUCACAACCGUCAAUGAGCAGCGCCCGGAGAUGUUAAUGAUCACUACCCUGAACCAGUCCCGCUUCCAGAAGUGUUCCUUCUCGCUCGUAUCUCCAAGAUUUUCCCUGACAAGCGGGAGGGAGUCGAGUCCUGACUCUCCUGUGUUUGCGAUAGAUGGAUACGGAGAGUCUGCAGGCCAGAUGCACGAGGUGUCUCAAGCGGUACUCAAUGCCAUUCCCCUACUCACCGUCUCUGAGCUCGAGGCACGGGCAGCUGAUCUACCUUCCAUGGCCUGGGACUCCAUCGUCUCUGCCCUCCCGGCCUUGGAGAUCGUCAGACUCGCAGCAGAUCAUACCGGCGCUGGCGUGUGCGCAGCAUUGCGGAGCUGUCUUCCUCAAACUUUGGGCGUCAGGGAGAUCCAAGUGUGCGUCCCGCUCGACCUGGAGCCUUACGUCUUGCGGCGCCCCUGGGACGGCCCGGCGAGUUGGGUCCAAGCCUUGACGCGCCUCCUUGUAGCGUACCGAGACCAUGGGCGUUGGCUGGCUCGCCUGAAGCUUGAUGCAGUCACUCUGAAUGGCUUGGCGGAGAGCGAACAGGGCGAGUUGAAGGAGCUCGUGGGUGAGUUGGGGGAGCUGGUGCUCGUCGAUGAGACUUGAUGCCCGUCAGGUGGCCUGUCUUGGCCCGAAUAAUACAUUAUCGUUGUAUGUACCGUCUUGAUACUUGGUUGUGCCUGUCUUGAAUCCCAUGUGUACCGUUUAUGAAGUAGAAGUCACAGUAUCGUAUACAUUUUCAGCCCUUGCAGCGGCUCAUAGUCAUAGCUUCGAUUCUGCCUCAACGCGCGCGCAAGUCCCGCAGGCGACUCACCACAUCACCCAUCCCACCCAUAGAAUCGUCACCCGACAACGGUGCGCCGCCUCCAGAUACAUUCCACUCCCCGCUCCACCCCGCUUCCCGCCGGUACGUUCCCGAGAGCGGGCUAAGCCCUUCACGCGGACCCUUCCCAGCAGCACCCGCGUGCGACACAGCGUCCGAAUCCAAGUCGUCCGAAUCCAAGUCUGAGUCCGAAUCCGAGUCCGUAGUCAUGGUGGGAUCCGCAGGUGUGCGUAGAAUGGCGAGUGGCAAGAUGGGUCGCCGAGCCGGGAUCGAGGGAGGGCUCGGUGCUGGUGCAGGACGCUCGUGGGCGUCCGGGUCUGGCGUCCGGACGCGAGGCGCUGUAGCUACGCGAUGCGACGAAGGAGAACUGCUGACGGAGAGCGGGCGAAGCGACGAGUUGGUGGACGAGCUCGACAAGGUGCCCCAUCCCUGCUGCACUGCGGCGACUGCAGCAGCAUACGGCGGCCCUCUCGGCACGGACGCGCCUGCGGCCUGCCUGGCCAGAACGUAGUGCGGCGCCUUCCUCGGCGCCGCCGACGCAGAUGCAUAUCGGUGCCCAACAUCAGAGACACCCUGUGAGCUUCGAGUUCCCGGAACAACCCACUCAGCGGGCGGCGUCGACGGCCCGCGCAUCUGGUGACCCUCCUCAUGCGACAUCCCGGCGGUGAGUGAUCCCUUCCCAGAGCUGCCAGAGACUGAUUCCGUCGCAUGGUGCCGGCGCGGGACGUCCAGCCCCCGCACGGUGCUGACGUUGUGCACGGGAUCCAACGCCCCGAGCAUAGACGACACGAUAGCUGCCGAUGGAGCCUGGUGGCGGGGCCCCUCUCGGUGCGUGGCGCGGGAGCCAGGGCGCUGGGACGGAGUGUCCUCCACGCGCAGCUUCUUGUCGUGGCUUUUCAGGAAGCGAUCGAGUCGACUCGCAGUGGGUGCCGCUGUGUCUUGCUUUCCUAGCAUGGGCGACUCACUGAUCCCCCGGGUAUGGCCCCUGCUUCUACGGUUCCCUGUUCCGUGUGCUGCGCGUCCUGUGCCGCCGUCCGCCUCAGAUCCCGUUAUGGCCUUGGUGGUGGAGGACCACCGGGAGAACAUGAUAACCCCGUGCUGCCGUUGAGAGCGGUGGAUUGAAGUGGGAUGGGGUGAAGACGCGUGGGAGAACCGCUACGGGCGCCAUGGAAG